AUGGACCGGUGCCCCGACGAGGUCCUGCUCAUCAUCUUCACCCGCGCAUGUAUGGACGGAGGCACGACCGGUCGCGCACUUUCGCUAGUCUCCAACCGCAUACAUCGCGUCUCCGCAACCGUCAAGUAUCAGUCUCUCGUCGUCAACGGGCAUUCUCAAAUCAGCGCGCUCGCUGCUCGCUUCGCCGAUCUCCGCCAUGAUGGCUCGGGUGAACAUCCUGGGAAGGGGUACAAACAACAGGCCUCCGGAAUGCCAAGGGUGGGGCAUUUGCUAGUAUCGAUACUCUCGCUACCGUCAGAAGCUCAGAGCAAAGCAGCACCUCAGUUUACUGAAGACAAGAAAGCUGCCUUCUUCUCCCUCCUCGAGCUCGUCAGCCCUACCCUCCUCACCCUCUUCACCGACUCCUGGCCCGCCGGCGCCUCGCCGUCGCUCACUUUCCCGCGCCUCGCCGCUUUCUCCCUCCCGGAUGUGAGGUUCCUGCGUCAACUUUCGUUCUCCUUCCCCUCGCUCACCCACCUCCACCUCACCACCUGCUCUGGGGUCUGGACUGCCGACUCACAGACCGCGGGCUCUGGGCUCGGGCUCUGGGGCGAGCUCGCGGCCUCCCCUUUGCACGACACGCUAUCUCACCUUCGCCUCUCCGGCGUUCAGUUGGGCAACGCGCACGAGUACCUCCGCCUCCACCUCGACUUGCCGGGGGAGGACAAAGGACCGAUUGAACCGUACCAUAUCGGCGGCGUUCGCCUGAUAGGAGGGCUCACUUACUAUUUCCCGCCGGGAGGGAGCGACGAGCGACAGGCGAGGGAGACGGCGGUGAAACUGCCGAUGUUGAAGAACGUGUGGAUCGAGACCAGGGCUUUCGGGUUUGUGGGGAGGCGCCUCCCCCAGGAUGGCCUGUAUCGCGCGACGGUAAGCGGGCUUCGAGCUGUCGCGCGGCGGUCGCGGAUGCGUGAGAAUGCGGGCGACAAAGGGGGCAGACUGGUGCUGCUCCGCACGAGGAAGGACGAAUACGGUUUUGAGCAGCUGUUGGAGGACUGGAAGAGCUACGUCGAAGGCGGCACUGGUCCUUGGACUGAGGACUCGGGCGCUUGGGAUCCGGACGUCUGA